AUGGCGGAUACUGAUCUGAAACUGUCAUCCACUAAUGGAGAAAAGCAAUUCACGAUUUGCACUUUCUGCAACAACUCCACCAAUGGAUAUGAAAAGCGUUUGUUUGCAACGGAACAACCGAAAGGACCAUUUUUUCCUGUUUUGGCCGAGUUACAAAGAGAUAAAACUAAGUUGGAUCUUCUAGGUCGAGCUGUUGUGUGUGUUGCCUGUUUUCAUCAUCUUUUACGACAGUGGAGUAGCUUUGAACGAAGGGGUAUUCCUAUACGAAAACGAGAGUAUAAUAUAAUCACAGGUAUGUUAAAUUAAUUCGUCAUAUUCAUGUACAGAUCAGCCGUCUCGAUCGAAAACAUAGGGGGUUCCCAAAACUUUUCUUGCGAGAUCAUACGGGUAAUUGUUCCGUUUAUAAGCUCAAUCGUAUCUCUGCAGGACAGUAUUGUUUAAAUCCUAAAAGUGAAACCAAGAAUAGAGAAUUAUUCUCGCGGUGAAUAUAACCUGGCCGUGCUAUACGGUAUUUACAGACCGAAGUACUUAAGUGUUCUGAUAUCAUGCGCAUUUUAUUUGCUUCGGUGCUGAACCAAGUAUGAUUUAAUUUUCAAAAUAAUACAUACACUUGAAUGGUUGUUACAUAAAUAAUUUGACAGAAAGAUAUAAUUCAACUGAAAUGGAGCGUUAAAAACUAAUGAAGCCUUUUUGUUCGCGUGGGAAAAACGGACUGAACUUUCAUUGCAAUUUCUUCAACCAUUUUUGGUGUCGCUUAUUUUAUUUGUAGUACUUUCUUUUGACCGUUUGCGGAACAAACUUCUGUAUCCGUGUGUCAAAACAUACAAAAACGUGAUAUAGUUAAAUUAAUGUACACGUUUACGAUUUUCUAUUUACGCUAAGUUUUUGUCAGGCACUUCAUAUAUCCGUCUUGAGACAUCCGACACGCUAGUUUUGGCAUGUGUCUUGUUUUGCGGUCAAUUAGUUAAAGUGACUUUAAAUAUAUAUCUUUUUAGGCAGGCUCUUUGAAACUUCGCUAAAUCAAUUAAAUGCCAAAAUUUGUGUUUACACAAAAAAGGUAGAUGUAUUUAAUUUUCUGUCGGACAUUUGACUACUGAAUAUGAUUGAAUCUCACGCUCAAUAGUAAAGUAUGCAUGAAAUUUUACGCUGGGAUAACUUAAAAAAAUAGCAGUUAAAUAAAAAGUUUUCUCCAACCUUAUAACCUAGCAAUAAUAUUUUCUCUUAUAUAAUGACCAGCUCGUCAAAAUUUAAUUUAUGUAAAGUGCUUUGCCGUUGCAAAAACGCUUUAAGCCUAUUCUUUACCUAAUUGGACUCUAUGUAAUUAAUCUUAUUUUAUGCAUGAACAAAUGUUAUUUCCGUGUACAAAAAUAUUUCGACUUAACGAACGCUCGUCUGGAGUAGUUUUUGUUUUUGGUUCAAAAGUUCAAAACCGGUGGUGACAAUUUUAUACCCUUGAUUGCGCGCUGGCCCGGUAAACGCUUAGAAAAACCGGCCAAUUGCCUGUUAACCGUGUUUGCUCAUUGGUGUCUCACUGUACGAUUUUUUCAUUGUUAUUGAGCUCUCGUUUUAUAUUGUUGGACAUAUUUUACAGAACACAUAGCAGGAUUUAUCUCAGCUAUCUCUAAUCCCAUUGUCCACCCAUUUACUGAGAGAAUCAAUGUGGCUUAGAGCUCAGGAAAAGCGCCGAUGACAGGAAGAAUAUUGCCAGAGUGCACUGUUUGCCUUUCAGUUUUGCUUACAUAUCAGCUUCUGGUUAUGUUGACCAAGUCGCCUCCGGUAGUAAUUUAUCAGCCGGAUAUUAUACUUCCGAAACGGGAGAACAAAAUUGUGUCGUUUACAGAGCACUACAAACGUAAUUCUUGGCGUUUCGGUGACUUAACUUUCUCACUAAGUUCUCCAAACUCAGUCGACAGUGCAAGUUUUUUCUUCCUUCUGUCACCUGGCGUCCAUGGAUAAAUGAAGGGCCAUUCGUUACGUGACAAUGAAUUCAACGUAGGCCGAUAUAACAUUAAGAACUCAGUAGACUACUUGGCUUACUGUAACGUCUAUUCCUCGGUGCGAUAUUUUCUUAAUAUCAGACCGUGUUCUGCUCGCCGUACAUGUCUUGGUUCAUUUCACCACAAUGGAUUUUAUUAAUCUUGUAUCAGCCAGACUCAAAGACUUGUUUGGAACCGAACUCGGAGAUGGUUGUCCCUCUUUACAAACGCCUCCAGGUCGUUUGACCCGUACAUUCCCUCGGGUAAAUUAGUAGCAGUCCCUCGGGAUUCCUCGCAGUGAACAAACCGAAAGCGAACAUAAUGCUACGCUAAGGGAAACUGUUGCUGGACGCUUCUCUCCUGUUUUAGGUUUUUCAGGCUAUACCCUUAAACCCUGUAGCUUUUGGAAAACGGGUUUGUAGUCAACAUGCCGCCUUUUUAACAUAUUACGUGAGAAUGUUGUCCUACCUCAGGAUCGAUCACCAACACGAAGGAACGUUAAAAACAAACUGUAAACCUUUCCUUCACGACUCUGUGGAAUUCGUAUGUGAAAGCAAAACGUUUCCUUAAUGCAUUCCAGAGAAACAGAUAUUUUUGUAAGUAUUUGUACUUGCUUCCUUGUAGAGACUGGCAAACUUUGCUGAGCGACAUUAGAAACAGGAUAUAGAUUUUUCUCGUAAUGAGUUAGUAAGCCUCGCUCCCAUGUAAUGGAAUCCAAGACAGUCUUGGAUUCUGGAUUCCGCGCCGUGGAUUCUUGGAUUCCAGGUACUGGACUCCAGGCUUUUUUAGUGGAACUUGGAAUCUGGAUUCCAAUCGUUAUUGGCAUUCCGGAUUUCUCGACCUGUUUUCCGGAUUCCAAUGGCGAGAUUCCCCGGCCCAAGCAACAAUUUCCCGCAUUCCGGAAUCCGAAUUCCCUUACAAGGGGCCAUGAGCCGUUAAGCACCGUUCUUUUAAAGGUUAUCACAAUGGCGGAGGCAGCUGAAGCUCGAAGUAAUUGUUGUUUUCUUUAAAAUGAUGUGACUUUAUGUUGACGAUUUCAAACUUAUACACAUUUUUUUUCCUUACACAUGAUUAAUAAAAUCUGCAGCUUUUCUGUUUUUUGCCUGGUGCCGUGAAGAAUGAUCGAGUUAUUUAAUAAAAUUCUUAAAUGGAAAAAGUCACCUUUAGUUUUUAGUUCUAAGUAAACUUCUAUAUUUGAUAUUGGCAUUCAUUCGUUGUGUUCUUUUAUUUCAUGCUUAUUGUUUUGAAAACAUAUCUCGCAAUCAUUGAACCCAUUCAGCAAGUACAAACAGAUAUUUUGUCUCAUAUUCUAUUUUCGUUAAGUUAAAAUGAAGAUCUUUCCUGAAAUUGUGUUUUGCUACGUUAAGUUUACGCAGAUCACUCCAGUUUGGUCAAACUUUGAAUUUUCCGCAACUCUAACUUUCGAAGAAAAUAAAUUAUUCAUUAAACGAAUUAACUUCGCGAGUAUAAUCAUGUUAUUAUUGGCCAAUGUCGGGUCAGAUAAUUGUUCGAAGAUAUUUACGAAGUCCGGAACAUAUUGCGCCAUGCAAAUGACCCUUGGUAUUUCCGAGGCGUACUGUGAUAAACAAUGGUGUUUUGACUUGUAUUGUGUUUGCCAACUCGUUGCAUUCGUUCAGUUCGUGAUGUCUUUGUAUCGGUUAUUAGACCCUGGCAGAUGUUUCAAAUGUUUUGGGGCUCAUUCGCAAUUUCGAGGGCAGUUUGUCAUAUUCUAAAUCGUAAGUGAAGCCUUGAGAUUCAUGCAGUUGGCCAGCCUUUCACACUUAUGAACGGCGUGUGUCGUAGAUGGCAAGUAUAGAUGUGUCCUAAGUGUGUUAAGCACCUAGAUUUAAAGUAUCGCAUAAGGAUCCUAGCGAAGGUGAAAACAUCAAACUGUCUAAGAAAAUAACCGUUUGUCUUCAACUUAAUAAUUCACACAGAUUCUAAAGUCGUUCUUUGACUUCUUUUCCACCUCUCUGCGGAGAAAAUUGCAUUCGUAGCUUUGUUUCUUGUUAGUCAACUAUUGGAUUUUCUUUUCCACAAGCAGUGACGAUUGAGGAUUACAGUACAAUAGGGUUCUGCACAGGUGCUGUAUUUCCGCAAAUACAUCAUUUUAAUUGCAAGCUCUGAAAUUCUCUAUGUACGGAGUUGUAUGGAGUUAUUAGAUCAGGUGACAAAAAAUGACUUAGAAAAUUCACAAAAACGGGCUUGUUUUGCUAGGAGAAUUCUCCAAAUACAGCAGUCUCGUAUAUUAGCAUAUAUUUUAAGAGAGAACAUCGCUAUUGUUUACUUUUUAACGCCCGAAGUGGCGGUUUUUAUUAUCGCAUCAAGCAAAUGGAAAUGUCGAGGUUUUUUUCCUUGAAAGUUACUCGAACAAGUUACAAAUUACCUCAAAGUUUUAUCUCUGACGUUGAAAUGCGGUUUUAGUGUUACUAGGGGUAUGUAGCGUGCAGCAAUACCUUAGAGCGAACUUGUUCAUCACAUGAGGCGUUAUUUAUAAUUUAUUUCAUGUUUUAAGGGCGUCUAUUUCUUUACUACGGUAACAUUAAGAAUGUGGUGCUACUGAAAGUUAUGCCAAGUUCGACACAAAUUGAUUUUUAAGGAAGUGUCAUGACUCAAAAUGUCCAUUGGAGAAGUUGUGGACUUUAAAUGAAAUAACAAAACGAAGACAACAAACCAAAUUACAUACCACCCUCCUAUCGUGGUUUAUAAAGUUCAAUGUGACAAAAAGAAAGGUAUUGUAACCAGAAUAAUAUAAGAAGGAAAUUGUUUCUUGUCUUAGUUCAGUUCUAUACCAUAUUCAAGAAGGGCAGCUUUUUGUCGAACUUGUAGCAUUGUAAUUUCGUGAACUGACAAGCCCACACGUACAAAUUCCUGGCUCGAAAGGUCGCAUAAUUUACUAUUUCCGAAGGUUAAAACUCAGUUAAAGCCACGUAUGGGACGCUAUUCGUAAUAAAUCGUUUGGUAUUGUCAAUAAUGUGAUUAAAUGACUGCACGGUAAGAGUUUAGAAUAACAUGAAAACAGCACCACAGGAAAGUACUACUCUAUUGAUUCCAUUUCAAUGUCAGACUUGAGAAUUUAUCAUUAGGCUCAUAAAAUACUAUAUAACCCAACGUGCGCGGUGAAAACGCUGUAGCAAAGUCAACAAGUUCUGUUGCUCAAUAGCUUCUAUUUCAAAUGUCACUUUUAAGGAUUUCAUUGAGUCUCAAAAAGUCUCAUUAAAGGGGCUGUGUCACGGCAGUCCAGAUCAUUAUGUUUAAUUUCUCCAAUUACUCAACCUCAAUCGCUAUGGAACUUAAAGAAAGCAAAGAAAUUACAUGUAAAUGACAAAGUCAGAGAUAUGUCUCCCGAGCAUUAUUUUUGAAGUUGCAAACAGCAGAGAUAAACUUUGAAAAAGUGUUAGCAGGUUAAGGCUGAACAGUUUUCAAAACCCAGAUUUCAAUCCGUUUCAUUCUUCUUCGGUUUCGCCCAUCCGUGGCAUCUGUUGUAUUUGUUGUGUUAUUUUGACCUUCCUUUAAUGUUUAAACCGUUAUUUUUAUGUUUCUCUUGGAUUUAACGGGCAUUUUGUAAUACCUAAUUUGGCUGAAUUUCGUGACACAGCUCCUUUAAACAGUGCCACAAGGGAGUGUUGAUUGGAAUGGUUCAGUUGAAAAGUCACAGUUUUGGAGGAGUCUGUAAAGUACGGUUUCGCUCCUUUUACAGUAAAAUUUGUUUGAACAAUUAAUUUUUAGGAUUUUAUCGGCAGUGAAGUAAUAUGGCCUCCUGAUAUUUAAAAGUAUCAGAAUGCAAAUUGGAUCUCGUUUUCAAAUAGGACGUUACGUGCGGGCAACUUUUCUGGCCAUGCUCUUUCAAUAACACCCCAGUUUAAUACAUCUUAGAGGCCUUAAUUUUAAUGUAAAUUUAUUAAUUUGUGCGCAUUGUAACUCAAUCAUUUCAGACGAUCGUGUUAGCAAUUACCAGGUUCGCAGAGAAGAGGAAAUACGCAAAGAGGCGGAACAAAAAAUAAAGGAAGUCCAAGAUCGUGAGGAGCGAAUACGACAAGAAGCCGAACUAAGGUUCGAGAAAUAUCGGCAACGCCAAGCGGAAAUCCGACGGGAAGCCGAGGAAAGGCUUCUCGAAGAACAGGCAAGAGCCGAGGCAUUGGAAAAGGAGACUUCGACGAAGCUUAAAGAGGAACAGCUGAGAGAGGAGCAGCUCCGACAGGAGGCUGAAGAACGCAUUCGAGAAGAGAAGGAGAAACGCGAUUACAUUCGUCAAGAAGCAGAGAGACUGCUUCGAGAGGAGAAGUUACUUGAAUCCGAAAAAUUCAAACAGUCAUCCCAACCUUCAAGUCCUGAGGUGACAAAACAGGAACCCCAACCUCUGAACUCUGACAUUGUUACUUCGUAUAGAACAGAAGUUAUUAUUCCUUCCGUAGAAACUGUCAAUAAAAACUCUCCCACGAAGGAAACUGCGGAACAACAAAGAGAAUCAGACAAUAUGGAUGAUAGUAUUAGUGAAAGAGAACUAAGUGCGAGAAGUAAGUCUCGUAAAAUGAUGGUGUUUGACCCUGAAACCGGCUGCUAUCGGAAAAAAUCUGAAAAUGAAGACCAGGAAAAUACAUUUACUGAGAGCAAAAAGGAAAGAGUCGAAUAUCGGUUUCGUCUUCGCUCAGACGAGAAGCCUGAGAAAGCAACAGAUGCGAAAGAUUCCUCUUCAAAACAGGACAAGGCAUCCGAAGACAUUCAGGUUAUUAGAACCGAGCAAAGCGUAACUAUAAAUGGCAAAAAUAAGUCGAGAGACGAUGAAGGAGAUGAAGAGGAUCUUAAGAAAGCUGGCGAAAUUAUGAAAGCUAAGUUUGAAAAAGGUCGAAAGAAAUUCGAGGAAGAACCCUUCGAAAGGAAACGGAAUGAGCCUACAACCGUGAGAACGGCGAGGCAAACCUCUGACGAUUCACUGGAGGAGAAGAUCAAAGAAAUGGAGAAAAGACGAGAGCGCCUUUUUCUUAAAAGACCGUCCAUGGAACUGGAGAAGAGAAGGUCUUCUGAUGAGCAAAAGGAUCUUUCUCCAAGAGGGGAGGGCGAGAGUCCUAGACAAGAGUCAAAGAACACUGCAGAUGAUACUGCCAAGAGACCUAGAAGUCGAAGCGAGCGCACCAAACGGCGCUUGACAGCUGAAGAGAUGAGCUUGAAGAAGACCACAAGCGAGGAAGACGUAGCAGAGCGACGUCGGAGUAGUUCUGGAUCUGCUAAGGUACAGUAAAUCCUCCUUUUCAAACAGGGAAGGAAGUUAUUUUCAUAACUUUUAAGCCCCCUCUCUUUUUACGCCCCAACCCCUCCUUCUAUUAAGCAACCCCCUCAAAUGGUCUUGAAAUAAAUAAGCCCCUCACGAGGGGAGUUAAUAGAAGACAGUGGCGGGUCCAAGGGAGGAGCGCGGGGGACCCGCCCCCCUUAUUUUUAGACCAACCACCCCCCUUUUUUAAGGGUGUGGAUGAGGCACCGGACGAUAUACGGUUCACAAUCACCUUAAAAUUAUUACAGCUCUAGCUGGUCAAACACUUGUCACAACGUUGGGCUUAACAUUUUGACAACGUAGUGUCCAAGAGUGAAAUAAAGAAAAACCAAUGAAUUCCCAAAGAACGUUAAUAAAAUUGAAUCACUUAUUUUCCUGUUUCAAUCUGCCAGGUCCCUAAGACAGAGGAAAGAAUAACAGAAACAAAGAAAGAAACUUUCCGGAUCGAACUAGACCGCUCAAACAGUAAACCCGAAGACGAGGUUUUCGUGACACGGGAAGAACCGGUUGAGGUAGGUUCUAUAGAUCUCAUGAGCUGGGAAGAUGACUCCACCGACGGUACAACCCCUGUCAAGGACAAGGAUCAUAAUACAGAGUUUAGAAAACGGGCCGACAGCAUGGAAGGCGAGACGUUUCCAAAGGCAGGGAAUUUGGUAGAGAUAGAAGCGUCUAUUAGUGUUACUCCGAAGACAAAGGUCGAGAGUACCCCAGAUACAACAGGAGCCAUUUUGGAUCUUGACGAGGUAGGUAAUCGUUCUGUUGAUCACGUGGUGAGAAAGAGUGGUGGCCUGGGGCUGGCAAUCCCCGGUAAUUCGAUCAAGCUUGUUCCUCUGGCUUUUUUCCCCUCAGAGCUGUAUUCUGUAUGCACUCAAGGUCAAGGUGUUUAUAGUUUUGAGAACUAUACAAUGAAACUACUGAAACUAUCACUUGGCAAAGCUGUGAACUGGUAUUUUCACUACCCCUGUUUUUAAGGUUUUGAUUUUAAAGAUAGCCCAGGGUUAGAGCGCAUUUUAUAUUCAUAUAUGAAACCUUUUAAGACUGAAUAUCGUCAAGCGCUCUUGGGAUAAGGUCGAGCUGGGGAAAAAUCUAAAUCGAAGCUAUCCUUAAAUUGUUUACGCGUUUUGCACAUACCGUAAAAUUCCGAAAAUAAUCCCUAGGGCUUAUAUUUUUCAAAGGCCCUUUUUGAGGGGCCUAUUUUUGGAGGGGCCUAUAUUCGGAGGGCCUUAUCUACGGAGGGAAAUUUGCGUUUCAAAAUCGAUCGGGCUAGACUUAUAGUUAAAAGUAAAUUUACCGUUUUUGCUUUGUUUUACUUUGUAUUUGAGGGCAAUUUCCAAGUACAAGCCCCAUCCAAGUACAAGGGGCGAUUUAACUGAGGGUUUUUUGCGUUACGAGUUUAGGGGGCAGAUAUUUAGAGGGGCUCAUACACGGAGGGGCUUAUUUUCGGAAUUUUACGGUAUCAUAACUUUCAAUUCUCUCUCCACAACUGUAUCAACUGAUUCUAACAACGUUUGUACAGAAAAACGCAUAAAUUGCCUUUUUUCCUUUUCAUUUGAUAUGGGCACAAUGUAAUUUUGCUUUUCACUUCACGUACGAGUGAGGCUUGGUUUGAUAAAAAUUCAAUAUACUACAGCUUUAUCGAAGUGUUUAAACUAAUCUUUUGUAAUACCUAUGAGCCUUGCAAAUGUCCAUUACAAUGCAAGUUCAAUUAAGGUCCGCUGGUUUACAACAAUAAGCACCAAGUCUUGAUGAAUGUUGAAUACGAUUACUGAUUUACUUAAUUUACAUAAGAUUCCAACUUCAACGUAGCUAUGGUGGAAUCAGCAUCCUUUGCUCAACAUACGGCUGUAUAAGAAUUUCUUCACUUUAAUUGUGUUAACAGGACUCUAACAUGUCUACACCUGUUCUGGAAUCUAUCUCCACGUGGGACAAUAGAGCUCGUGCAAGCAACACGGCGGACGAGGACAGAAGACGCCGCGAGCUGGAACACGAAGAAAGAAAGCGAAGAAUAGAGGAACGCCAGCGAGCCGCAAAAGAACUCAAAGCGAAGAGAAAAUCCGGUAGUGACUUUGAUGAAAGCACCAGAACCGAGGAACCUGCUCGAGAAAUGACGAUGAAAGAGAAAAGGCGUUCUUUGGUUGAUAUGUGGGAAUCAUUUAGCGAGCCUCAGAGCACUGUCAUCUCUUUUGAAGAAACUGAACCGAAACCUUCACAGCAACGCAAAAAGGUUUUAGUGCGAGAAAACAGGACUAUUUCGGUAAGUAGAACGUAAAUAGGCUACAAUCUUAAACCUCUGGGGGAAAUUAAAACUCUCGAAGUCCAACAGGCACCUUUAAUUAAAACUUCUAAAACUACCGGGCAAUGAUCAGGUCCGCUGAGUACCGGUCGAGGCAAGUAAGGGUGCGACUGAAGGUGUUUGGAUUAGGGUUAGGUUUUGGGCUACACUAGUCACACCUUUUGAACACCUGCCGAUCAGCAAACAUAUACCAGGGGUACCCAACGACAAUUUUUGCAAAAUAUCUGUUCGGAAGACGAUUUGAGAUGUAGAAUUUUCGGAACAUUUGAUGUAAAAUUUCUUGCUUGCCUGCCUCCCCUAGGAUUUUCGAACAUCUAAAAAAUGGUAUAAUUGCCCAUUUUUAACGGAUUUUUACCCUAAAGAGGCCACCUAGGAUUUUCGGGAGCCCCUUUUCUGGCUGAAAUUUUCGAAAAGGUAAGUUUUGAUCCCUAUAAUUUUCGGAUCACUAGACUUUCAGCUAGGAAAUCCGAACAGAUGAAAAAUUUUAGGGGAUAAAAAUAUGCCUAUAGCCACCGUUUAAAUACUAAAAUACGUUUAACAAUGCUAUGUGUUAGUGGUUUUGAACUAUAUUCUCGUUGGGUGCCCCUGAUAUACUCCAGACUGUUCUCCAUACAGUUUUCUUAAAGAACUAACAAGAGAAUUUAUAAAAGAUCAAAGUAUUUUCCUUUAAGUAAUCAUUUCAAUAAUUCUCUUAGCCAUUUCUUGUGAUGAUCUUUUGAUAUUGUCAGAGAAUUAGUUUAAAUCUCUACCCUGAUGUUCCUGGAUCAAAAGGCCUCUGCUCGCAGGGUAUUAACUCUCCGAAGAAUUGAAAUGGAAAUAAAAAACAAAUACAUGUAUUGGCAUAUUAUAAUAAAAUUAUAAAAUUAAAAGAUACAAUGUAUACGAAGAAAAAAAGUAUUAAAUGUAAAGGGAUCUACGAAAUUAGGGCUUCUUGUAAGGGGCUUAUGCUUUUGACAUGUUUCAGUGCUUUUUCAAGGUUUAUUCUCAAGUACAAUGAUAGUUUCAAUUUCUUACUUACUCUUUACUUGUUACUCUUGAUGUUUACACGGUCUGCAGGUCUUUUAAGAACUUAUUGUCUAGUAUUCAAAUAUCGAAAUAUCCGUAUCACAUGGAAAUGUCUGAAAGAGGGCCACAAUGAAUGAAAGGUCAAGUGGGAUCGAAGGUGGGAGGGAACUGAUACCUGUUUAGAUAUCAGAUUUAUUUUCCACCAAACGCCUUCUUAAUCAAUAUCUGAGAUCCUCUUGUAAAUAUUCACUGAUUUAUCAAGAGGCUCUUGAGAAAAAAAUUUACAUAGUAACACGCAUGUCUCGAGAGAAUUGAUUACAUUUUCGUGCAACUCGUUGUAGCGGUAAAAGAAAGUCGCUUAGCAGGCGGAAUUUUCAAAGCUUACAAAUCUUUUUUCUGCUUAGUUUGACCCUGCAGAAGAUAACAACAACGGCAUAGACAUGGAGCUCGAUGAUGAGGAGAAACUUACCUCGAGUAGGCCUAUUCCUACGACGAGGAAAAAGAAAUUGAGUGAAGAAGAGCAGAGAUGGGAAAAUGCAGAAAAUUUCCAGCCAGGAAGACUUCAGAAAACUGUAUUUCAUAGUUUGUCGGAAUCUGAACCAGCGAUGGAGGAGCCGAAGGCCAAGCCAAGAAAAGGGCCAAGUCGAUAUGACUGGAUGAAAGGCGAGAGCUACGAGGACCAAGAAGCAUUGGUCCCGACCAAACUCAAAAUCGACUGGCAAAACAACCAGGUUACCGAUGAAAGGUUAGAAAGCGUGAAUUGUUUGUAUCAUUGAAUAUUGCUUCGUAUUGACCUGGCAUGGGGUAAAUAAGUCGCUAAAACGGUCACGAUCAUUUAAUCGCGGUUCCGUUUUGUUUUAAUUUGUGGCGAUCAAUACGCCAUGUUUCUUUAGUGCCUGUCUCAGCAAGACCAAUAUGUGACGAAUGAUGCUGGGUUACGUAAAAUAGCACGAACUGUUGGUUCAGGGAUUUAGCAUGAAUUCCUCAGUCGAUUUGCGGUUUCGUCGGUCAAAAUUGUAAAAUUUUAAUGAUCUGUUUUCUGCAAUUAAAUUUUUACGUAAGCGAUGAUACAAUGGCAAUAUCUUUGUCAUUUCGAAAUUUGCCAUAUUGCUUAAAUGACCCUAAUGAACAACGGGACUUUUUCGGAGUAUAUUAAGCGACGAUAAAUUUACAAUGCAAAAUACUUGAAGUUCUGUAGCCUUAAUUCAUAAUUCUUUGUGUGGUAAAUUCAGUGCAAUAUGGUACAUAAAAAAUAGGAUUAAAAGUAUGAUAGGCGACCUUUUGUAUUUGUGUUUAACAAGUUUCGAGUUUUGUUUUUGUUUUUUGACAGCACCGAACUAAACGUAGUCACGCAUUCCAUUGUUACGUGUAACGCAUUUCCCUGUUCACUUAUGUUUUUUUUUGCGAUCGAUAUAAAUCUUGAUAUUGCGCUAAUUUUCGUUACGCUUAGAUCUUCCGUUAAAAGGCAAAAUGAAACGUAAUCCAUCCUUUGCAAAAGAAUACGAAAAAGACUGACUGGCCGCACAUCGCGCUUUUCUAACUGGUCACUAUGUCUCAGUUUCACCGGUUUUGAUUUAUUUCUUAUAGUAUUCUGUCACAAGAAAAUACAGUUGACUCCCGAUAACUCGAACCUUCAAGAGAAAUCGAAAAAGGUUCGAGUUAUCGAGAGUUCGAAGAAAAUAGCCGAGAGUAUGGUAAAAAACAGUUUUUACGGCACAGUGAACAUUUUAAUCACAUUUAAUUUUAGAAAUGUUGAGAGAAAAUUGAAAGAUACUUUUAGAUUAUAAAUCAGAACGUAAAGUAACAAAACGUGACCUAAAUAGAGCAUGCAUUUUACUUUUUGAGAAGUAAAGCUAUUUCACUUUAGAUUUGUGACAAACAACAUCAGCCUCCACUAUCGAUCCACUAGUAAACUAGAUGCCUACAACAGGUCAAUGGGAAAUUCAAAAUUCAAUGUUUCGGAGGCAGUACACUGUUUUUUACCGACUUUUUAAGGGCUCAAAACAUGUUUCGAGUUAUUGAGGGUAAAAUUAUGUAGAAAUGAUCUGAGGGGAAACAAAAAUUACUUCGAGUUACCGGGAGUUUCGAGUUAUCGAGGGUUCGAGUUACGAGGGUAAAAUUACAGUAAAUGUAUGACGGAAGUCCAGGUGAAAUCGAUUUUGGUUCGAGUUAUCGGGAGUCAACUGUAACACUGAAUUUUGUUCUUUUUUUCUCUCUUUUGGUUUAGCGGAGAUAAGGUUACAGGAAGUCAGCUAAAGGUACUAUUAUUAUUAUUUUUAUCAUUAUUUUUUAAAGAGAAAUUCCAUGGAGAAACAAGUGGACUAAAAAACUAAUCAAAACAGUAUUCCAACAACGUAACAGUGUUCCACCACUAUCCACCUCCCCUUUGGGGGAUAGUUGUACAAGUCACUGUUUUGUUACACUCCGUCCCAUGUCAGGUAAUUACCGGAUUCCGGCGUAAUUUUUACUUGUGUUCGUGGAAUCCGGAAUAUUGGGGUUUGGACUCCGGAAUUCAGCUCAAGGAAACCGGAAUCCUACAAACGAUUGGAAUCCGGAGUCUACAGUGUGAAAAUCCAGAGUCCAAGACAGUCUUAGAUUGCACAGGCCUGUAUAUCCCCUGUAAGGUGACUGUUCUCCUUUGCAUGGAAAAUCUAUUUAGGAUUUUUGACCUUGGACAAAAGAUUUUUCGUUGAUGCAUUUUUGACGUCUUGUUUCCGUGAUCAUUCCAGACCAAAACCGUAAGUCAGGACUCGCAAAGCAGCAGUGAUGAUAGCGAGAGUGAAGGCGAAAGCAAGAGUGAGGAGGAGGAGAGACAACCACGAAUUGACACAGAUGAAAAUCAUAAGCUCACUGAAGAAGAAAAGCAAUGGGAAAGUGCCGGACAUUUCCAGCCCAAAAAGUUGAAUACUGCUCUGAUGGCGAGCUUCCUUCAAGGUGAUUCUGGUGACGUUGUAACUAUGCCUAAGAAGCCACACGAAGCACCAAAGAGACCUCCCCAGACGAGCCCUGAACAAAGAGUUGAAGCACCGAUAAAGGCCCCAAAGGAUGAAGUUGAAACAGAAAAGAUAAGGUAAGGUGCUUUCCACCUGUAGUUCAAACCACCUCGGGAUUGCUCUUACCGUAAAUGAUCGAUUAAGCGCCGCGGCGCUUAUUUCAUUUUCCCUGCUAUAGGUGCGGCACCUAUUCGAGAGCGGCGCUUAUUUCAACUACGGGUAAGACACUGUGGGGAAUAUAGAGAGAAUUAAGUGAGGUGCGUACAAGGUGUAAGUUUUAUACACCUCGAACUGUUAUAUAAAUCCGGUUUCAAGAGUUGGCCCUAGCUACAUUUAACACUUUACACCUCGCGAGUUGGUAGAGGUCUUACGCCGUAACACCGGAAGGGGGGGGGGAGGGUUAAUUUGUAAAUACCUCAAUUAGCGCCGCGACGCUUAUUCGAGUGCGGCACUUAAUCGAUCAUUUACGGUAAGCUUUCGAUACACCUUAGAAUAUCAUUCACAGUCACAAAAGAAUUAUAUAUCCACCUUGUACAGCGUGAAAAAAGUCAGCACAGGAAAGUACUGCUUUGUAGCUUUUUCUUUUUCUUUUCUUUUUUUUUUUUCAUGUCACCCCCUUUAAGGGAAUCCGGAUUCCGGUAUCCCGGGAUUUUUUGCUUAUGGAAUCCGGAAUCCGAGAAAAUUUUCACUUGUGCAAUUCAGAAUCCGGGAAGUUUUGUUUGUGGGAUCCGGAAUCCGUUAUUAAGCUCAACGAAUUCGGAAUCCCACUAACGAUUGCAAUCUGGAAUCCAAUACCUGGAGUCCGGAAUCCAUUUCGUGGAAUCCAGAAUGUUAGACUGUCCUGGAUUCCCUUAUAAUUACAUGCGGCGAUUGAUGGUCACACUCAAGGAUAUUUAUGCACAAACUCAAAAGUUAAAAACACCUUAUGCAACGCAUUAAACAUUACCACCAGAAAGAAAUGGUUAGUUACUGUAAGUGAGGUGGUACAAGAAGUAACGAGAACCCUAGACUCAUAAGAUAGAGUCACCGUGUACAAAAUAAAUCAUAACUUUCUCCAUCUAUGUUGUAGGGAGUUAAAGAUAGCAUGAUGGCGAGAGCGACGAAAACUUCGCUCAGAAAUAUGAAUUCGCGUUUUCUCUAUCUUCAUAACAAUUAUUCCAACUUACUUUGUCAAAUGUAGGCGAACUUUCCUUGAGUUAGAUUCCUAAGAACUACAUCAAAGUUACAAAGAGAAAGGAAAUUUCGUCAUCGUUUGAACAUUUCACCGUCCUCCACAAAACAUGAAAUUAGGCAUUUUCACGUCGAAUUCGUGUAGUGAAGACAAAGAAAUGUAAAAAGUGUGCGGCACGUGCAAAGUUGUUGAGUUUGUUUAAAAGGCCAAACGAAAAAAAAUAGUCUCGUCUCCGCCUGCUUCAUUUUUGGGGGCCGCUUCUCUUUUUUAUUUUUGGUUACUGGAAAAGUCUCAUUGCCGGCACCGUCUAAAGAUUUAAAGUUUUCAUUAACGCGUAUAAUCCUUAUUAUAUUGUUUUUUCCGUUGUAGCCCUGUAAACGAAGAAAAGGCAGAAACAGAGGUAAGAAAAAUCUUGCGGGUCUGUUUAAAAUUGGGGUAGUUUAACGAUUAUUGAGUCGGGGGUGGGAGGGGUGGAGGUUAAUUGGUGCUGGAUUACUGACACCAAAGAGCUAGAUGAACUUAAUAUUUUUCAAGUCUUUCCUCAAGACCUCACUGCAAUUUGAAAGGUUUGAAUUAAAGAACCGCCCUGCUUGGCGGGAUACUUGUAGACUGCAAAACAGUCCGUAUUUUUGCGUGUUCAAAUACGCGCGAACGGUCAAACAAAAGGUCUGGAGCGAGACUGAAAACAGAGAGCGAGAUGCGUGAGACUCUAACGUUAUUCUUACGCUACGCUAAACCGAUUUUGAGACAAAAAAACCGACUGUUUUCCAGUAUAGGAUACCUGUGAUUGAAGUCCGUUUGGGCGCCAUAACUUGAAGCUCUUGCACUGACUAAUGCCCAGUUUACAAGGAGGUGGGGGACUCCAGGUAGGUGAGGUAAUCCUCUUAGAAGGGGUAACCCGCCUGUUCAUAUAAUCUCUCAUUUAAAUUUGAUCAGGUUUACAUGAUAGGUGGGGUGACCCGCCACAGGUUACCUCACCUACCUGGUGUACCCCACCUCCAUGUAAACAGGCCCUAAGAAGUGACAACUUAAGUAUUUGCUGUUACUCGAGCAUGACAAGUUCCCUUGGCUGCUUGUAAAAGGCACGUUUAUUUUUCACUUUGGCGCCUUGUCUCUGCCUUAUGCCCGUGUUUGUGUUAAGUACAGAGAUCUCCUUGGCUUUUAAUGAAAUAAAUGAUGAAAUGUUUAUCGUAACGGUAACCUGUAAAAUAGCAAUUGUAAACAGUUACUUGUUCAUUAAAAUUCUAAGCUAUGCAUUGUCGCCAAUGCGUGACGUGGCUCUCGAUUUUGUGUGCUUAUCGCGCAUGCGCUGUGCUGUGGUAUUCUGCUCUGUUUCGUAAGUGUUCAACUUCUGUUAAAAACGAAAUACCUCUUGUAAAAGACUGAAUACCAGUCGUGGACACUCGGUAGUACCUGUACUUAACACAUGAUUGCCAUAUAUUCGUCAGUCAUCUUAUGACUAAACUAUCUGUUUCUCGUGGCUGAAUUGGUUUACGUUCUUGACGGUUCUGUUCUUAGGCUCAAAUAGUUGUUCUUUUGCUUUUUCUUGUAUGUGUGGCUACCUAAAUAUAACCUUAAGUUAAACGUUGUUCAUCUCCAGCAACGCUACCCUACUGUGUGCUGCAUAUCUUAAGCGCUCUUCAUCUCUAACAUGCUUCAAAGCUGGUAUUGCUGUGCUCCAGUAGGUGAAUAAGCCCGUUCAAAAACAAGGGACCUUUGUACUCACCUCUUUUACCUGAAAAUUUAGCUCCUUGCAUACCUGUCUGUCGGUCUUCCAUAUGACAUAGAAUCCGAUAUACUCCUUUCUUUCCCUCUAAAAGCGUCCUAAAACUAAACUGUAUCGAUCAAUUUUAGCCUUACACGCCGGGGACGUAUACCUACGAAGAGUCAAGCGAUUCUGAGGACGACAUUCCCGGAUGGCGAAAAGUCGAGGAGCAGCGACGACAACAAGAGCGCGAAGAAAUUGAAAGAGCAAGAAUGGAGGAGAGACGCCGAAUGGAACGAGAGGCCAUGGAGGAAGAAAAUGCAGAAGGUGGGAGCGAUUCUAGCGAUGAUGAAUUUGAGGCAAAAGUUCGCACAAAGGAGAUUCGGAGAAUCAAUCCCAGUCUUCUUGGUCAGUUUCUGAAUGAGCCUGAAAAGGAGCCGGAAAGACCUGUUAAGUCAAGGAAACCCCUGGAGCAAAAGGUUGAAGUGUCUAAUGUUCAGCUGAUCGAGUCGGCGCCCAGUAUCGAUCUACCCUUAGAAGAGGAGAGGCAUGAGCGAACAGAAGAAGAUGUGUACGAAGAGAAAGUGAAGAGCCAGCAGGUUCGAAAGCUGAAGCUUGAUAACAGUCCAUUCCUGCAAGCCAAGGAAGAGGAUCACGCCCGUAAGGAUGUACCCCGUGGUUCUAGAAUUGUUGUACAAGAAGAGAGCUACGUUCAGAAAAUCGAUCACACCAUCGUCGAGUCCGUACCGUCCGUUGACAUAGGAACCAACGAGGUAUUCAUUUGUCGUUCCACGCAUACUCCGUCAACUAACCUCUUUCCCUCUUUCACUCAUAUUUUUCAUACAAACCUGACACAUGAGGGCUUCAUUUGGAGAUCAGAGGUUAUUGUUAGUAAUAUCUUCAACAAUGCUUGUUUAUUUUGUCACCCUUCCUGUUUAUAGCACUUGCUUCAACAACGCAUGCGCAUAAUAUACCCCUUACACAGAAAACUACCCCUGAAUUGUGUAGCAGUCUCAAUUGUAUAUCACAAGUUGUUGUUAGUUUUUCAUUUCCGCUACUCUGAAUGUCUCCUUUUGCACCCUCCCAAGUUUUGAACGCUCGUCAAUACAACAGUGAACUCUUUUAACUUUACGGUAAACGACCAUAGUACUGACACGACCAAACCGUUUUCUUUUCCAGCCUUUUACUAAACCAUUAAAAAACAAGUGUUCCGGCUCCUUACGAUAUCAUUUAAAGUGCACCAAAAAUAUAUGUUUUGAAAAAUGCUUUGAACAUAAAUUAAUAGAAACUAAAGUGGUGUUAUUAAGCAAUAAAAAUUAUGAAUUUUCAGGGUUGUUUUGAACCUAGUCGCGAAUAUUACUAGGCGGUAGUGCUGUUAAAUUAGUGUUAUUAAUAUUAUUAACAUUAUUUAUUAUUGUUAUUUCAGCCUGAGAUCAGUACGUACGUUACAUCUACGAAAGAAAGUUCUGAGUCGUCAUCCAGUGACGAGGAUGAUAGUGUUCCUGGGUGGCGUAAAGUAGAGGAACAAAGACGAAAACAAGAAAGGGAAGAAAUCGAGCGCGCAAAGUUGGAAGAGCAGAGGCGACGAGAACGAGACGCAAGCGGAUCAGAGAAAGAAGACUCUGACUCAGUUGAUGAUGAAUUCGAAGCCAAGGUUCGAACGAAAGAGAUUCGAAGGAUCAAUCCGAAUUUAUUGACCCACUUUAUGGGUGAAUCCGUUGACAGAGACACGCCGCCAAGUUCUGGAAGACUCCAGGAAGAGACAAUAGAAAUUGAGCGUGUACAAUCAAAAGAAUCAUCUUCAAGUGAAGACAGUGACGUUGAAGAACGCAAAGAAAAGGAGGUAGAUGGCGAAAAUGAUGAGUUUGAACUGAAAGUUAAGAGUGGUCAGGUCAAACGAUUAGUUCUCGAUAACAGUCCUUUCACGCAGUCGGCAGUAAAGGAAGAACCUGCAUUGCUUCGAAGGCGUACGGACGAAAAAUCCCAGAAAGAAACUAAAGAAAUUCAGCGAAUGCGGUCGAUAGAGUCAUCAUCUAGCGAGGACAGUGAUGCUGAAGACAUCAAGAAAAAGGAUAGCGAUGACGAGUUUGAGCAAAAAGUCAAGGCGGGGCAAGUCAGAAAGUUGGUUCUUGAUAAUAGCCCCUUCGUGCAAACGUCAAUCAAAGAAGAACCUCAAAAACGCCCAACAGCAGAAAAGAGGACAUCUGCACCAAAAGCAGCGGUACAAGAAGAGACGCUUGUUCAAGUGGUUGAUGACAAAGUUGUUGAGUGCGAGCCUGAUCUAGUUUACCAAGAACCAAGAGAAGACGAUGAAUACGAGGAAAAGGUUAAAUCACGAUUUGUAAAGAAACUGAGCCAAGACCAAUUCGGGUUCCUUCGUAAGCAAGAAGAAGAGGAGCGGAAGAAAGCCCAGGAAGAGGAACGGCGAAGAGCAGAGCGAGAGGAACGUGAGAGGGUCAAAAAAGAAGAGGAGCGUAGAAGGCGACUAGAGGCCGAAGCACAAGCCAAGGAAGAGGAAAGAAUUCGCAGAGAAGAGGAAGCGCGUAGACGGGAGGAAGAAGAAACGGCACGGAAGGAGGAAGAAAGGAGGCGAAGGAGAGAGGAAGCGGAAAGAAUUAGACGAGAAGAAGAGGAGAGGUUAAGGAAAGAAGAGGAAGAGGAGCAGCUGCGAUUAGAAGAGAUGCGCCGACAGAAACAGGCCGCCAAAAAGAAAUUCGAGUCUGGUGUUUUUGAUGAGAUAAGCAUAAACCAUACAGAGAAUGAUAUCUAUAGCGUGGGACGUUUAGAUUCGAACAAGCUCAUGCAGUUUCAACAGGGCCCACAAGAAGAACCAAAGAUAAAGUCAAAGAAGAGAGAUAAGGAGAGUAAGGUAACUGAGGAGUACAAAGCACCCGAAUCUCAAGUGGAAACUGUGAACAUAGCGACUGUGGAUUUGAUCGAAAGCAGUCCUUACACUGAUGGUUUUGACAAAUUUCAGUCCGAAGAUUUAGAGUACGAAGAAAAAAGAAAGAGCGUUGGAAAACUUGACAGGGACUGGUACAUUAAGCAGCAAUUAAAGCAAGCUGAAGAGCACGACCAGCGAGCCAGGCAGUUAGAAGAACAAAGGCUACGAGAAGAGAGAAGUGAAAUGGUACGAUUAAGAGAAGAGACAAGCUCUAAACAACGGGAGGAGGCGGAGCCAAUUGAAGAAUCACGAGACAGAAGUGAUUCUGGGAAGAGAAGAAGCAAACUCGCUGCUGACAAAUUUAGUCUCUUCGAGCAUGAAUCAAGACCAGAACCUACGAAAUCGGGCAAAGAGAAAAGAAAGAAAGAUGACUCUGUUAAAAAGGAUGCAAGAGAUGACGUACAAGCUAAAAAUGAAAAGAGAAAAUCUAAGAGUUCUGAAGAGGGAAAUGUUAUCAUUCUGACGAAAGAGGAGGAAGCAAAAGCACUGCGUCUUCAACGGGAGAGGGAAGAGACAGAGUUACUUCGUCAAGAAGAGGAGAGAAGGAAACUUACUUCCCAGGAGGAAACUUACGACGAUGAAAGAGAGAGCGAUAAACCAAAAACUGUCGGAAAGCUUAACCAAGAACAAUUCUUCAUGUUCCAGCAGGAACGGGUUGAGGACAAAGCAAAGCCACGCAAACAGCCAUCACAAAUUGUGGAAGAAGUCAUCAGCGUCCAAAGUCAGAAAGAAGUAGAGAGUGCUGCUCCAGUUAGUUUUGAUCAGGCCGAUUUUGGUCCUUCUGAGACACCUGAAGACGCUGAAUACGAACAAAGGAUCAACACAGGCGGGAAACUUGAUGUAAGCAAAUUCUUGGACUCGAGAGCGCUAGAGGAUGGUGAAAAAAGACAGCGCUCGAAGAUGUUAGCAGCAGAAAGAAUGCGGCAGGAACAGGAAGAAAUGGCCAAACUGAGAGCCGAAGAGAAAAAACGUAUGCAAGAGGAAUCAGAUGAAGGUUAUGUAGAAGAAACCACUGGAGACCGUGUCAAGCCACCAGCUACAAAAGAAUUGGACUACGGCAAGUCGCGGAAAAUUUCAAUUGAAAGAAGAAAAUCACAACCAGAUGAACCCGAUGAGGAGAGACGCGUCCAAGGAACGAGUGUCGGUCGCCUACCAAAAGAACUUUGUUCUGCGUUUGAAGGCGACACACCCAAAACAGGAAACUCGGAUUCUCGUCACAAAUCAAAGAAAAGCAAAGGGUCCCACCCUCAGUCAGGCGGGGAUUCCCAGUUGAGAAGCUCUUCUGAUGAUAGUCUGUCGUAUGUGGCGCAAGACAGGAACCUGAAUGGUAGUGUCAGUCCUAGAGAGAAGGAAUACUUAGACGAGAAAGCUAUGGAGAGGUAUGAGGUUAUUUAUGGAGCUCCGCGAUUCACCACAACAAUCAGGGAAAUGCGAUUUUAAUUACCUUAAUCCUUCUUUUUUUCAACGUGAAUCCUGGUGUUCAUCCUCAUAUGAAAACAAAUUUUUAUUCACACGCAAAUUGAACUCAUUCUCAUGAGACUGUUGUACGCCUGUUCUCGCUUUGAUGACGAGGCUAAGCUCAACUGAUUAAUGAGCAAUUAAUUCCGUAAACAUGACUUAGUGGAAUUUCCUGCAUUCCACUUUGGUGAGAAUGCACAUGGAAACGAUUUGGCGUCGAUGGUGGACAAGUUUCAAAGAAAUCACUAAAUUUUGUCUAUCCAAACCUUAUGUUGGUAUCUUUUCUUCACAGGAAUGCGAAACAGGUCUUUUUUAGACUUCUGAAUUCGUUUAAUGUGGCAAGUGUUCAAAAAUUGAUGAAAAAAUAACACGCAUUUAAAUUUUUAGGUGGAAACAGCCACAUUCUAUGUGAAAUUUUUUGUGUUUUAGAGUAACAUUGGCCUAAUGAUUUAGAGAAAGCUAACUGCACUAUGACCUUCAAUAUACGGAGUUGAUUGUUUUGUAACUUGAUUUGAAGUGAUGCGGAUUUGCUAAUAAGAAAGUGGUUUUAAACAGAGAUUCACCAAAGUUAUCCCUCCGAAUACGCUGUGGCAUUGUAAUAUUUGUUUCUAAUGGACUCCCAAAAAGCUAUUAUUACUGUCACAUUGCAUCAACCAUCACAUAACAUUCCGUGUGGUUCCCUUAUAGCUGAAUUUCAGGCCAAGUUUAUCAUCUUUUAUUUAUUUGUUGUUUAUUUAUUUUGUGAUAGGCGAGAUUCAGGCAGUGAAACGCAAGACCAUAGUAAACUGAUUGAGGUAUGUGUUAGUAUUGAUAACGUUAAAUAAACAGUUUGAACACUGGCGAAGAAUGUCAUGAGUAGGCUGAAUGUGAUCAGUAUGAUCGGAAUUACUAGUUAGGGUAGUCCCAAGUGGGUCCGUUGCUAACAGUGACUGACGUUUCGACAGCCAUUGCGAUAGCCACUAUUAGAGUCAAGGAGAGUUGUGUAUUGUCUGUUGAUGGUAUUUAACUCUGACUCUUGACCUGUCAGUUGAGCCGUUAUGCUGUUGACUGUGAAUCAUGAACUAAGCUUGAGUAGUGCGUUUUGACUCUUCUGUUAAAAUUGAUGAGCUUUAAAGUCCAGGAAUCUACUGGUGUUUUUACCCAUUCUAAGUACCACAAUCCGCGUAGCUUUGGCUCAAUUAAUUUCCAUUCCAUCGUAUAAGCUUACAAGAAGAAGGAAAGCUUACAAACUAAUUUCCAUUUCUAUGGUAGAUAGAAUUAUUCACUGUGUCCUGUACUAUUAACCUUCGGAGAAAUUGUGGCUAGAUUGGAAGAAACCCUAAAGGUUAACACAGGAACGUGUUAAUUGUCAACAUAGUUCUACAAAAAGAAACCACUGACAACGCAUUUUUUUUAAACAUGCAAAUCUGAAAAGGUGUUUCGAACAGACGAGCUAAGUAAAUCUCGUUCCAAAAAAGUCUGUUGAAAGCGAUGAAAGGUUCUAGUCUUUCAAUAUAUGUCGCUUCGUCUGACUUGUCUGUUUUCCUUUCAGUCUUACACUCCUGAAGAAAAACCAGUCCCAAAAAAACUCCACACAAGCAUGCUGGCUGCCUUUCAAAAAAGCCAAACGGAACCGGAAGUGCAGCUUCGUCAAGGAAAGGGUGAAAAGCGUUCGAGACCAAAAAGUAUCGGUAAUGUGGAUUUGUUAAGGUGGGAAGAGGACUCAAACGUACGCCAGUCCUCCUCCAGCGGAUCCAAAAAAGAGAAGACUGGGCGCCAACCUAGACCAAAGAGCAUUGCGCAUUAGAAUGCGUACGUUUUCUAAAAGAAAUAUAAUAUGAAAAAAAAUGUCUUUUUGUGUGUAGAAUAUCACGGCCUUAAUGGCUUUGUGUAAAGGUUGUAGAAAAUGGCAAUAAUAACAACAAUAAUAGGUAAUUUAAAACAAAUUUGAAAUCAGAUUUCCCCAUUUGCUAUCGUCCGUAUUGUAGGAUAAGGUUAGGUAUGCAAUGUUCUCCUUUGUGUCACCCGAAUUCGUUACUUGUGCCCAUUAACAGUACUCGUUUGGCAAGGACUUUAGGACUGGGUGUGCAUUAUCAUGAUACUCGAGGAACAGUCUACGAUCGUGUUUUCGUGCUUUUCCACUUCUGUGCGCUCUUAGGGCCUGUUUACAUGGCGGUGGGGGACCCCUGGUAGGUGAGGUAACUCGCCUGUCCAUAUAAUCUCUCAUUUUAAUUUGAUCACGUUUACAUGAGAGGUGGGGUGACCCGCCACAUUUUACCUCACCUAUCUGGGGUCCCCCACCUUCAUGUAAACAGGCCCUUAGUAACUUCUACACAGUACCCCUGGGAUUUAGCAGAUAUAGGGUGGCUUCUUGUUCAAGGUUAAAUGGUCGCCUUUGCUGUGACGACUUUAAAUUGUGUGGAGGUCCGAGUUGCUUGGGCGUUCCAACGCAAACGCUAGUGCUGCGACACGCCUUUUUUUAGAAAUGACGGGCGAACUAGUUAAAUUGGCUUGUAGACAACCUGGACGCAAAAGUUGGUAAAAGCCCCACCAAAAAUCAACGAGGUUUACUUCCUUAUGCUAGCGUUUACGUUUGCAUUAUCUCGGUUCAUUGGCCCACAGGGUAAACGCUAGCGCGGGGAAUUUUUGUUGCUGGAGCUUGCGCUUUCGUUUGCAUCGAGGCAAUUCACACGUGUGAUUGGUUGCGACCACAUCGACCUUGUGACCUAGCCUUUAGAAUUUUACACAUAAGAAUUGAAUUUAUAUCAAAGCAGUCAGUGUAAUCUUGGUAAGAGUAAUAUGUAGUUAUAGUAUUUAGAAACAAUGAGGUUUGAAAUUUUUGUAUAGAAGCUGUUGUUUGAUAGAAUAUUAUAGAGACUUCGACGCAACGUCACUUCAGUUAAGUCUAGAGAGGCAGUUAUAUUUGCAAGAGCGAGGAAUGUUGACGUUUUGGUUUAUUUUCUGCAUUUGUUUGUUGUUUUGUUUUAUUCGUUUCUUAAAUUAAAAACUUGUCACAAAUUGAAGCUGAAUAUGGCGAAACGAGUAAAAUGAAAACGGUUUCACCUUCUUAAAACGCAAAAUUCAGUCAUUCGUUGUUGUUUUCCAGAGAAAUACUACGCGUAUAACGAUCGGCAAAACUCGGAAUAAAAGCCACAGCGCCGUUUGUUUCGUUCUCAGUUCGUUCACAUUUUGUAAUACUCAGCUGCAAUUGUGGUUUUACUAGCGUUUUCACAAGUUUUGAACUAUUGGUCCUGAGAUUCAAAACAAUAGCCACACUCGUAUGUUGGAUUUUUCUAGUGCUGUAUUGUAAAAUGAUACAAUGAUUUAAAAUAAUCUCAUAGCGCUCAAUUCACUUAUAUACUUUCACGGUCGUCGUAAACAUUUUCCCUCACAAAGAUCAAAAUUAAUAAAAUUUUGUAGGAUGUUGAUAUAAUUAUUUGUAAGUCAAUUUGCAUCGUUGA